UUUCUCAAAAUCUGCCUUUUCCUCUUCUCUCUAAGUCCAGAGGAGAGAUCCUUGGGGGGUGGGAGGCACAUCUGCAUUGCAAAUAAAAAUAAUAAUUACAACCACCAAUCAACCAACAACAAAAAAUGUAACAGCUAAGAGAAAACACUUGAAAUCACGGACUUUGGGAAUCAGAGAUCACAGAAAUUGCACUAUUUAUAAGGAGAGGAAAAAAAAGGCAAGAAAUCCAGCGACCAUGGGCCAGCCUGGCUUCCUAGAGUGUACUUUGUGUUCUCUCUCCUUUUUCCAAGGUAAUUGCAGUCUGCCGAGAGGGAGUUAAAUGGGAUUAAAAGAUCUGUGUAAGCAAAAGGACCCAGAAGAGAAGGAGGAAGGAGUGAGCCGUCCGGGCCAGGGGUGUCUGUGACACAGCUGAACCCCUUAGCGAGGCAGAGAGCCGAGCUCCUGGGAAGGAUGUACCCACAAACCGCCUUAUCCCCCGAUUUCUGAUGGAUUGCCGCAAAAAUUGCCCGAAAGAGACAAUGCACUAAACGUGAUGGAGCCGGAAUCAGAGCCGGUCUCCAGACUCAGAGCUACAGCGGCAGGCAGGGGAGGAUUCUUCUUUCUCUGGACAAUAUUGUGUUUUACUUGGUUCCUGGGAUUCACACAGGGAAAUUCUGAAGAUGUGGAUGUUCUUCAAAGACUGGGCCUGUCAGGGAAAAGGCCGUCGAGUGGAUGGUCCUCCUCCCGUGCAGUUCCUCCAGGAGUCAUUCCUUUCAAAUCAGGGGUCAUCUUCACUCAGCGAGCCCGUGUGGAAGCCCCGCUCAGCGCCCUGCUCCCCGCAGGCUCCAGCUCUGACCUGCUCCUGGUGCUGAGCCUCUGCUCCCACCGCAUCAACAACGCCUUUCUCUUUGCUGUCAGGAGCAAAAAGAAAAAACUGCAGCUGGGGGUCCAGUUUGUGCCCGGGAAGAUCAUCGUCUACGUGGGCCACAAGCGCUCUGUAUAUUUUGAUUACAAUGUCCACGAUGGCCGGUGGCACAAUAUGGCCAUCAGCAUUGGUGGCCAGACAGUCACUUUAUUUACUUCUUGUGGGAAGCGCAGAGUACAUGCGGAUUUGCAUUUUAAAAAGGACGAGGCGUUGGAUCCACACGGAUCUUUCCUCUUUGGGAAGAUAAGCCAGCACUCCGUGCAGUUUGAAGGAGCCAUCUGCCAGUUUGAUAUUUAUCCUUCCGCCAAGGCAGCUCAUCAUUACUGUAAAUACCUGAAAAAACAGUGCAGGCAAGCAGAUACCUACCGGCCAAACCUGCCCCCUCUCAUCCCCCUCCUGCCCAGGGAUCCCAGUGCCUCCCCCAGCACCCCACAGCAUACAGAGCCCUCACUGCAGGGUCUGAAAAACCUGACCACUGCUGCCCCAAACUCGGAGUUUGGCAGGGUCACUGCACCCCUCAAGAUGAGGGGUUCAGGUACCACAACCCCCACGUUGCUGUCAACCCCACCAUCGCGGCCAAGACUGACUACCAAAGCCACCAAGGUCACCGUGGCCCCACCUGUUGUGUCAAGUACCAAAUCACAGGUACCCACCCAGUCCCCUCGGGGCGUGGGGACAACCCUCAGGGUGUCUCAGCCCACUCCCAGCACACGCAGGGAGAAAACUCCCCUUCCCACUGCUAAAAGGGCCCCACCAACGAGCCAGAGCCCGGUCACAGCCAGCAGGAAGGAGUCUGAGCAAGAGACCAAAAAGAAGACCAACAAAAAACCAACCACUGAGCCCCCUGAAGCGCUCAGUACUGUAAAGCCACUGAGGAGGGUGACUGAUAACACAACGAGCAGUGUCCACCUGGUUACUCUGAAGCAAACCCCGCAGAGCCCAAGCCGUGGGCCCAUCCCAAAGAAGCCGUCCCCCACCAGGAGAGUGGAUCCCAGUAUCAUCCCUCUGGUGUACACCAAGCCACCCCUGGGCUCUGCCCGGCCCAGCUCCAGAGCCAGGGCUUUCAACAUCACAACCCCAGCUGCCACAGAUGGCUAUCAAAUCUUUGACCCCUUGGCACCCACUCCGUUUCCAUUUUUACUGGGAUUUCCAGGCGUGAAAGGAGAGAGAGGACCUCAGGGCCCACCAGGUCUGCCAGGCUUACCUGGACCCCCUGGCAAGAGAGGUUCUCGAGGUCCCCCAGGCCCCCAUGGAAACCCUGGCUCACCUGGCCCCCCAGGACUGAAAGGUCAGAAAGGUGAUCCUGGGCUGUCACCUGGAAAAGCUCGCAAUGGGCAGAAGGGAGAUAUGGGCUUACCUGGUUUGACUGGGUUCCCUGGACCACCUGGUAGAAAGGGAUAUAAAGGCUACCCUGGACCACCAGGUCACCCUGGAGACCAGGGUGAACGAGGACCAGCUGGAAGUCCAGGUGCCAAAGGUUAUCCUGGCAGGCAGGGUUUACCUGGCCCCAUAGGGGAAUCUGGCCCAAAAGGCACUCGGGGGUAUAUUGGUCUCCCAGGAUUAUUUGGGCUACCAGGAGCCGAUGGAGAACGAGGGAUCCCUGGAGUUCCUGGGAAGAGGGGCAAGAUGGGUAGGCCGGGUUUUCCUGGUAAUUUUGGAGAACGAGGACCUCCAGGCAUCGAUGGGAGCCCUGGAGAAUUGGGAGCCCCAGGUCCUCCUGGAGUCCUUGGACUCAUUGGUGACAUGGGCCCUGUUGGACCAAUUGGCUAUCCAGGACCAAAAGGAUUAAAGGGGCUGAUGGGAAACCCUGGAGAACAUGGACUGAAAGGUGAUAAGGGUGAUCAGGGAAGAGCAGGUGUUCCAGGAGAUAUUGGCUUCCAAGGAGACAAGGGCAGCCAGGGUUUGCCUGGGGUCCCUGGGGCACGAGGGAAGGCAGGCCCCCUGGGAAAAGUCGGUGACAAAGGACCAGUUGGGUUUCCAGGACCACCUGGCCCUGAGGGCUUCCCAGGUGACAUUGGCCCACCAGGAGAAAACGGUCCUGAAGGUCUGAAGGGAAAGCCAGGAGCACGAGGUUUACCUGGACCAAGAGGACUGCCUGGACAAGAGGGAGAUGAAGGCCCCUUAGGACCACCAGGAGUCCCUGGUCCAGAGGGUCGAUCUGGUCGGAAGGGAUUUCCAGGAACACCUGGUCCCAACGGUCCAAAGGGUGAGCCAGGAAACCGUGGCCGACCAGGGAAAGUUGGUGAGCAGGGUCUCAUGGGUUUCAUUGGUCCGGUGGGGGAGCCUGGAAUAGCAGGAGAAAAGGGUGACCGUGGCCCAGUGGGACCCCCAGGCCCUCCAGGAGUCAAGGGGUCGAUGGGGCACCCUGGCAUGCCAGGAGGAGUGGGUUUUCCUGGGAUCCCUGGACCAACAGGUCCAGCAGGAGCCCGGGGUGCGCCCGGGGUCCGAGGGAUGAAGGGUCGCAGGGGUGCCAGAGGGCCUGAUGGCCCCGUGGGCGAGCCAGGGGCGCGAGGUGUCAAGGGCCGAGCAGGGGAGCCAGGCAGGGUGGGCCCAGAUGGGCUGCAGGGCAAGAUGGGGGAGACUGGGGAGACUGGAGCACGUGGCUUCCCAGGUAUCCAAGGACCUUCUGGACCUCCAGGAGCAAAAGGGGCUCCAGGAGACCCGGGUCCCCAAGGACCACAGGGGCCACCUGGGCCUUUGGGAGAAAUGGGGCAUAAGGGACCGCCAGGCUCAAUGGGACAACCUGGUCCUGCAGGUGAACCUGGCAUGAAGGGUGAUCCUGGCCAGCUAGGGAUCCCUGGAGAGCAAGGUCUCGUUGGCCAAAGAGGAGAGCCCGGGCUGGAAGGGGACAGCGGGCAGCUGGGGCCAGAUGGGAUCAAGGGAGACAAAGGAGAGCAAGGCCCAGAAGGAGAGAAAGGAGAGAAAGGCAGUGAAGGGCUGAAGGGGAAGGAAGGAGCUCCUGGAUAUCCCGGCAUCCCAGGUGUCCGAGGACCAGAAGGGAAACCAGGAAAACAGGGGGAAGAGGGCAAGCCUGGCCAGAAGGGCAGCAAAGGCUACCAGGGGCAGCUUGGAGAGAUGGGAUCCCCAGGGAAGCAGGGGCCGAAGGGGAACCAAGGCCCUAAAGGAUCCCGAGGUACCCUGGGACCGAUGGGAGCUCCAGGAAGGAUGGGUGCUCAAGGGGACCCAGGCUUAAAGGGUUACCAGGGACAUGCAGGACCACCAGGGCCAAUUGGACCACCAGGGCCAAAGGGGGAAAAGGGACAACAAGGUGAUGACGGGAGGGUAGAAGGCCCACAGGGACCGCCUGGAGACAGAGGCCCCGUUGGUGACAGAGGUGACCGAGGGGAGCCUGGAGACACUGGUUAUCCUGGUCAGGAAGGGCUUGAUGGAGAAAGAGGAAAACCUGGGCAGCAAGGCUCACCGGGGGAUCCUGGAUCACCAGGCAAGCCAGGAGCAAAGGGAUCCAAAGGUGAUGUGGGUCAAAAAGGAAAGCAAGGAGCACAGGGCAGUGCAGGGAGCAGGGGCUCACCGGGCACCCUUGGGCUACCAGGUCCUCGAGGAGUGGUGGGAAGGCAGGGUCAAGAGGGUGCCCCUGGAGUGGACGGCGUGCCUGGGAAGGACGGCGUGCCUGGGAUGCUGGGAGAGCAGGGAGACGAUGGGGAAGAAGGCGUGACCGGGAUGUCGGGCAAGAGAGGGAACCCCGGCGUGCCAGGACUCCCAGGGGCCCAGGGACCACCAGGGUUCAAGGGUGAAAGAGGAUUGCCUGGACAGAGUGGCCAAGCAGGGAAGCGAGGAUCACCGGGAGGAACGGGCCCUCCAGGGAGCCCUGGUGACCCAGGAGCCAAAGGACAGCGGGGAGACUUCGGAGAGACAGGAUUCCCAGGGAUUGCAGGACUCUUUGGCCCAAAGGGCCCCCCAGGAGACCUUGGGUUCAAAGGCAUUCAGGGACCACGAGGGCCACCAGGUCUCAUGGGAAAAGAAGGAAUUAUUGGUCCUCUGGGCAUUCAGGGUCCCACAGGAAGCCCUGGCCCCAAGGGAGACAAAGGCAGCCGUGGGGACAUGGGUGCACCAGGCUCCCACGAGGGCAGGACACUGCUUACAGAUGUGUACACACAUCCACACCCCUCUGCUGGUAAAAUUUCCAUUUCCUUAACCCAGCAACACUGCACCAUGCUGUCCACAGCUGUGCUAUCUCCAGCCCUUGCCUUGGGAACAGCACAUGGGUGUACAGGGAGAUUUUGGGGUCCUCCAGGCCCACGAGGACACCCUGGCCCUCCGGGACCUCCAGGAGUUCCAGCCUCAUUUCAGCAAGAUGGCUUUGGGGCAGCUUUCCAGACCCUGAUCGACUCCAACACCGCGCUCAAGAGAGAGGGUUACCAACACCCAGACCUUCUCAUGCUGGACCAUGGAGGGGAGAUCUUUAAGACUCUACACUACCUCAGCAACCUCAUUCAGAGCAUCAAAAGACCCCUGGGAACCAAGGAGAACCCUGCACGCAUCUGCCGGGACCUCAUGAACUGUGAACAGAAGAUGACUGAUGGUACCUACUGGAUUGACCCAAACCUCGGCUGCUCCUCAGACACCAUCCAGGUCAUCUGUAACUUCACCAACGGUGGCCAGACGUGUCUCAGCCCUGUCACUGUCUCCAAGCUGGAUUUUGACAUCGGCAGAGUCCAGAUGAACUUCCUGCGGCUGCUGAGCUCGGAGGUGGUGCAGCACAUCACCAUCCACUGCCUGAACACCUCUGUGUGGAGGGAGGGCUCCUCCGAGAGCCCCUCGGAGCGCGCCCUGCGCUUCAGGGCCUGGAACGGGCAGGUCUUCGAGGCCACUGGGCAGCUCAGGCCAGAGGUGGCAGCUGAUGAUUGCAAGAUCAAGGACGGACGCUGGCACAGGACCCUCUUUUCCUUCCGGACCCAGGACCCUCAGCAGCUGCCAAUUGUCAGCAUCCAGAACCUGCCCCCCUCCCAGCCAGGACAGCAGUAUCACCUCGAGGUUGGCCCUGUCUGCUUCCUCUGAACCAAGCUGUGGGACCAGGCUCUGAGGCUCCAACCCCACCCAGGACCUGUCCUUGCAGGGGCUCUCCCCCUCUCUGCAGCAAGGACAGCUGGGCUCUGCCUUUUGGGCCAACUCCUGCUCCAGCCUUUGGCUCAAGGUCUCCAAGAGCCCAUGAUCUACUGAACUCAGCCAGUUGUUGAAAAAGGAGGAGGAACAAGGACAUGGGGGAAGCGGGCAUCAGUCAGGAGUGAGCAGUGGAAAGGGAUCAGGGGCUGGGUGUUGUGCUUCCACACACAAAGCUUUUUCCAUGACCAAAGAAAACAUUGAGAGAAACCUCAAGCGA